GCCGUCCUCCUCACUUCGCUCCGGAGUUCUUUCCGCAGCUGUCGGUGGGUGUAGGAAGAGAAGCCGCUGUCGCCAUGCCCGAGCCGGCCAAGUCCGCCCCCGCGCCCAAGAAGGGCUCCAAGAAGGCGGUGACCAAGACGCAGAAGAAGGGCGACAAGAAGCGCAAGAAGAGCCGCAAGGAGAGCUACUCCAUCUACGUGUACAAGGUGCUGAAGCAGGUGCACCCCGACACGGGCAUCUCGUCCAAGGCCAUGGGCAUCAUGAACUCCUUCGUCAACGACAUCUUCGAGCGCAUCGCGGGCGAGGCCUCGCGCCUGGCGCACUACAACAAGCGCUCCACCAUCACCUCGCGGGAGAUCCAGACGGCCGUGCGCCUGCUGCUGCCCGGCGAGCUGGCCAAGCACGCCGUGUCCGAGGGCACCAAGGCUGUCACCAAGUACACCAGCUCCAAGUAAAUACUUGGCUAAAAUCUGCUUAACCCAAAGGCUCUUUUAAGAGCCACCCACUUUUUCAAUAAAAGAGCUGAACAUUCAAGUAAGAA